UGUCAAAUUUGUGUGUCAAUAAAAUAUUUUUGGGAUGUUUUGUUUUGCAAAAGUUUAAACAAUUGGUAAAUAAUGAAUGAAAACGAAUACAAGACGAAUUAUGGUGAAUGCAGGUGUUGUUUUUCAAUGGGCAACCACAGACAUCUGAUGGAAGAGUACGAGUGGAACGGAACAAGAGAAGUUUAUUUUCAAAUAUUUUUGGAGUGUUUUAAUAUGUUCUUACGCACGAACACUGAUAAAAGUAACCUGAUAUGCACAUCCUGUGUGCUGAGGUUACGUGAUGCUGCCAGUUUCAAGAAGAUGGUGCUGGACGCUGAGCGCAGCCUUGUGAGCUGUGAGAUCAAAAAAGAAGUUACUAACACUGAUCCAAUUGGCUUAAAAUCGGCGACGAUUCUUGAAGUGGAUAUAAAAUGUGAACCAAAUGAGAACUUUGAAUCAAGUGACGCUGAGCAGAACUAUGUGAACUCUGGUGACGACACUAUGUCAGAUGGUAAAGCAGCUAAAGAAGAAGAAUAUAAAGAGGCAAUACUGGCAACAUUCUGCAAAAUUAAAAACAACAACAGAUCAGAGAAACUAGCAUAUAUUUACAAUGCUACUGUUAUUAUAGAAAACUCGAAUGUCACACCGUUCAAACCUAAAUACCAGACAGGAUUUCCGUGUUUCUACUGUCCAAUCAUAUUUGAAGACAUAUCCAAAAUGAGGGAACAUCAACUAAAGCACACCAAAACUGAACUAAAGAUGAUAUUACGCACGCAGGGCGCUGAAAAGUUUAUUGUCUAUGUUGACGUCACAGACUUGAAAUGUACAAUAUGCAAUGUUGAAAUCCCAAAUUUAACAGAACUAAAAACGCAUUUGAUCAGAAAACACAAUAAGAAAAUGCAGGAUUACCCAGACAGAGUAAUUCCUUUUAAAUUAACCCCAAAAACUUUUGAAUGUCAAGUUUGUAAAUGCAAUUUUGAGACUUUUGGAUCAAUAGAACGACAUAUGAAUGUCCAUUACAGAAAUUAUAUUUGUGAAGAAUGUGGUACAGGCUACGCAACUAAGAGUCGUUUGAAGGCUCAUUCUAAACAGCAUAUCGGAGGUAGUUUCCAAUGUGAGACAUGUAAAAAAGUCUAUACAACACCUAUGAAGUUAAAAAAUCACGUUGACGUUGUACACAAAAUGGUCAAAAGGUUCAAGUGUACAAAAUGUGAUGAACGGUUCACAGAGUAUUUUAAAAGACAAAAACACAUGGUGGAAAAACAUGGCUUAGCGAAACUUGAGUACAAAUGUAAUGUGUGUGACAAGACAUUUGACAGACGAUACAUUUUGUCAACACACAUGAAACGUGAUCACUUAGAACAAAGGGAUUACCAGUGCGAAAUGUGUUCAUACACAUGUUUUACUAGAAACGAACUAAAAUUUCACAUGAUAAAACAUAAUGGUGAACGCAUUUUUGAAUGCUCGGUAUGUAAAAAGUCAUAUGCAAGAAAGAAAACUCUCCGCGAGCAUAUGCGAAUACAUACCAAUGACAGACGUUAUGUUUGCAAAGUGUGUGGACAGGCAUUUGUGCAGAACUGCAGUUUGAAAGGUCAUAUUAAGACACACCACUCUGAAUUGCAAGUGUAAUAGCUUUUAUUUAUUGCUAUUAAGAGUUAGUGCAGUUUAUACUUAAAUGUUACUUUUUUAUUUGUUUCAUGUGGGUGAGAGUAAAGGAAUUGUUAUAUAGUGAUUUCUGUUUAAAGUGUGUUAUUUUUCAUAAAAACGUU